AGCGCCUCUAUCGGCUAUCUUACGAAAUAGAUUUGCUAAUUUGAUUAAGUAGCACGUGGUAUUAUUUUGAAGUGUAAUUUUUGUUAUUUUAAUAUGAAUAGAUAUUAUGGAUCAGAUGAUGAAAUUGAAAGUGGAGAACAAACUGAAAAAAGAAAGCGAAAAAUCAUAAAGAAAGUUCUGAAAGAAGCAAAGGAACGAGAAAAGAAAUUUAAAGAAUAUAAAUUAUUAGAAGUAAAUGCAGAUGUGUCUUCAGAUACUGAAAAUAUACCUAAUAAGAAAAUUAAAUAUGAUGAUUCAUCUGUAAAUGGCGUAAAAUCUGAAUUAACGACAGAAACAUUUGAUGGUGAUGAAAGUCGUGAUUCUGACAAUUCAUCUGUACAAGCACAAACAGUAGAAUCAAAAACAGCUGUAAAAUUGUCAAAAAAGAAAAGGAAAUUGUUAAGGAAACAGGAGAAUGCAGCAAAAGAAUACACUGUUAUUGGCGAAGACGUGUCUCGUAAAAAGCAUCAAGUUCAACGUGUUCUACCCGAUUGGCUUGCUAAUCCAAUUACUGUGGAUUUGGAUUUACAUAAGAAAGAAAUUCCAGUUGAAGAAUAUGAUAAUCUUGAUAAAUCUAUUCUUAAAAAUUUAAAAACUUUUAAAAUUUCACAUUUUUUUCCAAUUCAACAAGUUGUGAUACCAGAACUUAUAAAUUCAAAUUAUAAAAGAUGGUAUUGUCGACCCGAAGACAUCUGCGUAUCUGCUCCAACUGGAAGUGGAAAAACUUUGGCUUUCGUCAUACCGAUUGUUAUGGCUUUAAAAGAUCGAGUUGUUACGGCAGUAAGAUGUUUAGCCGUGUUGCCUGUACGAGAUUUAGCCGAACAAGUUUUUAAAGUUUUUUAUAAUUACUGUCAAAGUACUACAUUGACGGUAGCGAAACUGACAGGAAGCAAAACAUUUGCCGAAGAACAAAAAAGUCUUGUUAAAAAAGGAAUUCGUGGAUUUCAUAGUUUAGCUGAUAUUGUUGUAGCUACUCCAGGUCGACUUAUCGAUCAUCUACAUAGCACAGAUGGUUUCUCUUUGUCUCACUUACAGUUUCUUGUUAUUGACGAAGCAGAUCGAAUGAUGGAAGAAAUUCAUCAAGGAUGGUUGAACGAAGUAGAGAAAGCCAUAUAUGGAGAAAAUGCUCAAAAGAUCAAUGGUUGCUGCUGUCAAGAGCAAUUGUAUUCAAAAGUUAAUUGUUCUUAUUUGACACCUUGCGUCCACGGACACAUGUCUGAUCCACUGCAAAAACUUCUUUAUUCGGCCACAUUGUCGGAAGAUUCUGAUAAAAUUCAACAACUUUCCCUCUUUUGUCCAAAACUUUUCACUAGUACUAUUGAUCCAAAGUUAAUUAAAGUAUCAAAAUAUAAGAAAAAUGACAAGUCUAUCAAUAAAAUUACAAAUGAACCCACUAUAAAAUAUGUCACUCCAGCAGAGUUGACAGAAUAUUUUGUUGUUUGUAAUCCAACCUUGAAACCCUUAGUGGCAUGGUAUCUUGUCGUAUUGAGAAAUUAUAAAAAAGUUUUAUGUUUUACAAAAUCUGUCGAGAGUUCUCAUAGAUUACAUUUGGUUUUAAAGAGAAUGGGUAAAUUGACAGUAGAAGAGUUUUCUUCUAAAGUGCCAAACUCUCAAAGAAAAGAGAAUUUAAAGAAAUUCAUUUCAGGAAAAGUAACAGUUUUAGUUUGUUCUGAUGCCAUGGCACGAGGAAUGGAUAUCAAAGAUGUGGACUGUGUGAUUCUUUACGAUGUUCCAUUGCAUCUUAAGACAUACAUUCAUCGUGUUGGCAGAACUGCUAGAGCCGGUAAAGAAGGAGUUGCCAUUACUUUGAUGGAAGCCGGAGAGAAAAGAGAUUUUUUGUUAAUGAUGAAAUCAGUUCCGGGACAAAAGUUAUCCGAACUUAACGUGUUACAAGAAGAAUUAGAGACGUUUAAAGAAAAAUACGAAGUUGCCAUAAAAGAAAUGGCACAUCACUUGACAAAUGAACAACAGAAAAAGUCUCGUUCAAAACACUUAAAUAAAAAAAAAAUAAAUAUGUUAAAAAAUAGUGAUAAAUAUAAAUAAUAAUAUAACAUAUAU